GUCUGAGUUCAUUUCCUAGUUACUCGUUCGCUUGUUUUCUGUUAGCUUCUGUGUCUAAAAUAGCAGUUUUCUGUUAGAUAGGGGGUUUCUGGCCGCUGAGCUAAUGCUCGGUUCCUCGAAGGCAGAAGGAGAAGGAAGAAGUUAAAGCUUUGGCCGGCUCUGACAAAAAUCACUCUGGUGCUCCAGCAUGGAAGAUUUCAGAUGGAUGUACCUCCAGCUGUGUAAGGAGGGAGGCGUGGAGCCCCAGGAGAAUGUUGUGACUCAACUCCAGGAGAGCAAGAAUGCUCACAGUUCCAGGUUGGACCUGGGUGGACACAGCCUGUCCACAGAUACCUGCAUUAUUCUGGGCAGGGCCUUCCAGAAGGAUACUGUCUUCACAGAGGUCUCGCUUAGUGACUGCAUGCUCACUGAAGAAGGUACCAAAAUGCUUCUGGCUGGGCUGUUUCACAACACAUCAGUUAAAUGUCUGGAUCUAAAGGGAAACAACCUCAGAUCUACAGGAGCUGAAGUGCUGGGAAAGCUGUUGGGAUGUAACAAGACACUGCGCAGGCUGGUUUUGGAGUGGAAUGCUCUGGGGGUGUGGGAAGAAUCCUUUUCACUGUUUUGUGAUGGGUUGGCAUCCAACCAGACGUUGACACAACUGGACCUGCGCAAUAAUCAGAUCAACCACCACGGAGCAUCUGAGCUCGCUCUGGCCCUGAGACACAACAGCGCCCUGGAGGAGCUAGACCUAAGGUGGAACAAUAUUGGUCUGCUGGGUGGGAGGUCCCUGCUAGAGGCACUGCAGAAAAACAAGAGCAUAGUUCAGCUUGAGAUGGCAGGGAACAACAUCCCCAGUGAUAUACUCAAAGCACUUGAGCAGACCACAGGGAACAACACAGAAAGAGAGUUCACCUUAAGAGAAAGCCGCAACAAGACCCAUGUCCUCAGCAGAGAGAUCCAAACCCUGAAGGAGGAAAAGGGUCGGCAGUUCCUCAAUCUGAUGGAGACUAUAGACAGGCAGAGGGAGGAGAUGGGACGCUCCACAUGGUCAACCUCUGCUCAGAUUGGUCAGCUCCAAGAAGCUCUGAAUGAGAGGAAGUCAGCCAUCAACUCUCUCACGGCCAAGUUGCAGAUGACAGAAGCAGCCCUGGCCCUCUCAGAGCAGAAAAGCCAAAGUAUGGGAGAGCUACUGUCUAGAAUGAAGGCUGAGAAUGAAGAACAGAAGGAAGAACAGAGCAGGCUGAGAAAGAAGAAGGAAGAGGAAAAUUCACUCAGAGAAGGAAAGCUCCACAGAGAGAUCCAAAACCUGAUGGAAACCAACGGCCAACUCAGGAAUAAAGUGGAUGAGCUGGAAUGCAGGUCUAAGGCUCAGCAGCAGCAGAUCUUUGAGCUGAAGCAGGAGCUCGCCAACAGCACAACAGAGCUCAAGAUGCGACUAACAAAGGCAGAAGAUCGUCUAGAAUCAGAAAAGCGAAGGUCCAAGCAAGCCCUGGAGGACAUGGAAAGUCUUCGCCAUAAAGAGGUGGAGCACAUCAGUCGGAAUCUAGAAGAAAGUGAGAAAGUACUGCAGGAACGUAUCUUCAAACUGGAGACACAGAGGAUCCAACUGGAAGAGGAGCUGUGUAGAACUAAAGCAGCAUGUGUGACAGAGCGGGCCCAUGCAGAGGAGGAACUGGGAAAAGUACGAGCUCAAAUGCGCUUGGAGGAGCAGGAGCGUGUUUCAUCCCUGGAGGAGAAGCUCCGCUCUUUGCGUUCGUCCAUGCAGGAGAUGCAGCUCCACUGCUCCCAGCAGAAACAGACCAUCUCUGAGCUGCAGGCAAAGAACAGCCAUCAGAGCAUCGAAAUGGAUGGCUUGCGACGCCGGAUAGAGGAGCUUCAGCAGGACCUGUCUGGCAAAGACCAGGAGAAGGUGGCUGAGGUGAGCCGUGUAAGAGUGGAGUUGCAGGAGCAGAUUGGACAGUUAGAAGCAGAGAGGACGGCACAAGAGGGACUUAAAGCAAAAAUCAGUGCUUUGGAGAGAGAGCUAAAAGUUCUAACAAAUAAUCACCGGGAAGUUCUCCUUGAUAAAGAGAGUGAAAAGUCUUCCAUGUUGGAGAAGCUGCGGCUGAAAGAAGUGGAGAUUCAGAGGAUGAAGGAGGACGAGGCUCAGAGAGCCAGCUAUCUACAGAGUGCCAUCCUCACCUAUGUGCAAGGCUCCCCUCUGGGACAAUACAGCAGUCCUAAGAAGUGACUCACUAAUACCCUGUGACCACUUUGUGUUGCUCCAGUCAGAGCUGUGCACUGGGUAAAACAACACCUCAGUUAAUAGCAAGGACACUGUAACAAGCUGACAGAUCAAGCAACUCAUUAACACAAUCAGUUACAAACAAAAGAAAGCGUUUCCAGUACCAAUGAAAUGCUGACACAUUAGAAGUCAAUAACAGCUUGGAAAACGGCGACCUUAAUUUUUUACCUCACCAGGGUUCAUCCUAUCCAGAGAGGUCUUGUGUGUGUUUGGGUGUCUCUGUGUACCUUGGACAGUGGCAAAGUUGUAACUUUAACCAAAAUUCGCUGGACAAUAUUUAGCAUUAUGAUAACGACGGAAGCAGUAGCCACUCAGGGUGUAGCUGAGUAGCUACUGUAAUCUGCCUUACAGAUUGUUUUAAAAGUGAAAAUACAUUAAAUGUCUGGAAUUUUCUGAUCUGAUGUGUAGCUGAUUCAAAGAUAAAUCCAGAGCUCUGUACUGUCUGUAGGUUUGGUUUUCAGCGUAAUAAAGCUGCUUGCUUUCUGCCAAGGUACCCAAUGUCUGAGCAGAGCAGGUCUGAUUUCAGUCUAAAGGCAUAAACUCCAGAGAAAGUAUAAUGAUCAUUGUUGUACUAGAAAGCAUUUUCAUGCUAUUUACCCAGAUACUCACAAAAUGUCAUAAAAUUUUGUAUUUAUGUUCUUUUAAAUAAAAAUACAUCCAAAACAUUGACUUGAAGACUAAAGUAAUAUCCCUGCAACGAUAGAUUGCCUUUUUUAACAUUUGAAGUCUGAAAAGUAAUCUCAGUUGGGAUUCAGUUGCCUUUAUUUUAGUUCCUUAUUUUCAGAGAAGAGCAUUCUAAACACAUUUGUAUUUGAAAGAGUUAGCUGGAAACUUUCAUCUUUGAGACAGUAAAAUCUAACACUUUAUUGGGAAAGUGGACACUUGGUGUUUUGAUUAAAUUGGUACACCAUCGCUUUAAUUAUGCAGCAGUGACAUUGAUAUUUGCCAAAAUGUACAUUUUAGUUUUAGUUUUUCUGCUAUAUCAUUGUGACUGGUCUUUCAGCUCCAUUGCUGGAACUCGCACAUUCACUUUUAGCAUACCUGGGUGGAGUUGCUGAGCAGCUUACACAAUUCUUACAUUUUUGGAGUAACAACAUGAUCCCCUGAAGAAUAUCAGUUGGUUUAUAUAGAGUUGUUUUAUACACAAACUGUAUUCUUUUUUUUAUCUUCGUAUCACAAGGAAAUAUUUUGUAUCUUAUUUUUUUCAAAUGUAUUCCAGUUCUGCUCUGUGAGUUUGUCAAUAAAGCCUAAAAUGAAUA